AUGUUUUCUAGGAGAAAGACAAGAAGUGUUCAUGACACGGCCUAUACAGGUGUUAGUGGAACUGCCCCGAACAACCAUCAACCCAAUUCUGGAGCUUUAGCUGCUGCUUUAACCAUUGGUAAUGCCAUGAAACAACAACAACCUGCACAAGCAGCAAAAAAGAAUUCUAGUAUAGCACGCUCUCAAUCGUUCCAAGUUGCACCUCCAGCUGCAAAUAUAUCUGAAUCUGGUGGGAGUCUUUUGAAAAGAGGGUCAAGGUCAAGCAUGCAAUCGAAAGACAAGGCAGGAGCACUUGGACAGCCACCAAGAAGGUUUUCUGCAAAUUCACGCAGCUCCUCUGCCUCGGCUGGCGGUUCAUUCAAUUCGCAAACUCAACACACACAUGUCUAUGAUAUCGACGAUAGCUUCAACGAUUCUUAUUUGGAUGAAAUCACAGAAGAGACAAACCAGACAUAUUUGAACAAUAAAGCUAGGAUGAAUGACUUAAGAUUGCCAAAACAAAAUGAAACCACGGGUAAUUCAAAUGUAAUAGCUAACACCCCGGUAAAAAUGGUUAAAAAAUACAUACCAACACCAACAGGUAUCAAGGUUAUCGAGGUUCCAGAGCUGCAAUUUCAGAAAGAAGUUGCCAGAAGCAAUUCAAUGAGGUCAAACUCACUUUUGUCUAGAUCUGGUUCGUUAAGAAAUGUCUCCUUGACCAAGAAAAGUUACAAUAACGUUCCUAGAGCUGCUUCGUUAACAGGCACUUCAAGACGUAAUGGAUCAUCAAGUGCCAAGAAUCCAAAUCGGUCAGUUAGUUCACCUUUGAAGUCAAUGCAUGAAGAAGUUGUUUUGGAAGAAUCUUUGGGAAAAAAUGAUGAACUAGAAGAGCAACAUUCAAAGUACCAAGAAUUGGAAAAGGAAAUAGAGGAAGAAAAGAGAUUGGCAGCACAAAUUGAAGCAAAGCGUAAAGAAUAUGAGAGAUUGAAACUGGAAAGAUUGAAGAACGAGGAGAGAUUAAAGGAGUUAGAGAAGGAGGUCAGCUUUUCUGAUGAUGUCACUGAAGCAACUGUAUUACAUACCCCUAAUGAAGACAAUAUUCCUCUUAACCAGGAAUCAACAACCCAUGUGCGUGACUCAUUCGUGGAUGUUCCACUGCCUAGUAAAUUUCCAACUGAAACUGUUACGGAAGAAGAAGAAGAUGAAGAGGAAGUUCCUAUAACAAAAGUGCCACCAGUUGUGGAUGAGUUAGAUGAGAAGAAGUUGAAAGACGAAGAUGAUGAAGAAGAGGAUGUCCCUAUUGCUAGUGUUCCUCCUGUAGUUGAUGAAUUAGACGAUAAGCUUUUGAAAGAAGAACUGGUUCCUACUGCUGUAGAUGGUUCAGAGAAUAAAUUCUUAGAGACUGAUAAAGCUGGUUUUGCAGACACUGGCGUCACAACUGAUGAAGCAGAUGGUGCAUCGCCAAAUGGAAGAAGCCAGUCACUUUCAGAAGCUACUGAUAAUUUGAAACAUCAAAUACUUGGUACUCAACCUGAAGAUUCUGUUUUGGUUUCGGUUCCAACUUUCCAAGUUCAAGAACAAUCAAAUACUGAUGGAAGAAUUGCCAAACCAUUUUUGUCUACACUUGACGAUGAAAAAUCGACUGGUGAUUUCAAUCAAGCCGGCCAUUUGAACUCAUCUUUUGCUGAAAGGUCUUCUGUAUCUGAUGAUGAAAAAGAUUUCCAGACUUUGGAUCCAAGUGUUGCGACAGAGCUUGGUGUGAUCAACCAAUAUCAAAAUCUAGAGUCGUCGGAAUUGUUGCAACAAGACAAUGCUUCGGCUAUUACAAUUGAAGAAAUUGAUGACUCUGAUGAGGAACAAGAACGAAGCAACCUAGCCAGUCAAUUGCGUCCCCAGUUUAGCAAUAAACCGGAAAUUAUUGAACCCACAGUUGCUAGCGAAGAGAAUACAGAGAAAUCAAAUCCAGAUCAUGAUAAUAGCAAAAUAGAAAGUGAAGAUACAUUACUAGCACCGGGUGCUUCAUCGAACGUUAGUUCUAAAUCGUCACUUUUUUCAAACGAUUCACAAAAGAAACCAAUCAAAUCUGCAUUAAAGAGUGCAUCUUCAUUCACUGCACCAACUCAACAACAACAACAGCUGCAGCAACCAGCAGCUAAAGGAAAUGCGGCCCAACAAGCGUACCUUUCUUUGACAACUGCAGAAAAUACACGUUUGAACUCCAAGUUGUCCAAUUCGAACCUUAACAAUAACCCUGAUUUCGCUUUAACUAAAGCUGGAAAUGGUAGUGCUAUUGGUGGUGGCGGUAAUGCAUUUGGCGGUGCUUAUCCACUGUUUGGUAACCUCGCAUCAGCUAACAAGCCAACUAAGAGAUUAUCUCAACAAACAUUGAGAAAACCUCCACCACAAACUCAAAGAGGUGGUGCCAGACCACAUUCAAUGCAACACAUCGAAAAGCAGUCUGGAAUGAGCAAUCGUUCUUUGCGUCCUAAUUCAGCUGUACAACCAAUUCCAUCUCACCCAGCAUUGCAACCUGGCUAUCAGUCACCUUCUAAAUUGAAAGCUGAAGCUCUAUAUGCCAAGGCUCAAGCCAGACCACAUUCUGAAUUUAAACCGUCAUUAGCAAAGAAGUCGUCGUUUUCUCGAGAAAUGGAAUCUAAUGGGCACAACAACCAUGGUGUUCCCCCUAGAUCUCAAGGAAGAAGAAUUGGCGAUCGACCUGCUAGAACGACAUUGAGAGAUCCAAUUGCACCAACAGCAACUCAAAGUCAUGCAUCAAAACCAUUUACUCCUGAGACUACAGCAGCAUCCAAACCAGUCAAGUCUCAUACACAACAAAAAUUACAAUCACAAUCACAAUCACAAUCACAAUUGCUGAAUCAUCAACAAGCAAAGCCGGUCCAACAAUAUCAACUGCCAAAGACAUUCAAAUCUAGGUUUAAUGAUUCCGAUGAUGAAGGUGUUGAUUCAUUGCCAACAAGAAAUUUUACUUCACGCUUUAAUGAUUCUGAUGAAGAUAUUUCGACACCUCGAUCAUCUGCUCCUUCUCCUGCUGUUGCAAGUUUAAGAAGAGAUACAGAACCAAAAGAUUCAUCACCUAAAAAGGAAAAGAAAUUUAAGAAAUUGAGAAAAUUAUUUGGAUCUUCAAAGGACUAA